GAGGGAGGGGCCGCGGACUGCGCCUGCGCACCGCCGCCCACGUACGCUCGCCUUCUCGAAGGUCGGGCUUUCAAGAAACGUGUUCUGCCCGCCACGCCAUCUGUUUCCAGGGCAACCCCGGCGCCUGUGGGCAAUCGCGCGCGGAACCCGGGUGGUUUCCGUGCGCCCCCUGCCAUGGCGGCCGCGGGCCCCAGCGUCUUCCUACUCAUGGUCAACGGGCAGGUGGAGAGCGCCCAGUUCCCUGAGUACGAUGAUCUCUACUGCAAGUACUGCUUUGUGUAUGGCCAGGACUGGGCCCCCACAGCGGGUCUGGAGGAGGGGAUCUCACAGAUCACAUCCAAGAGCCAAGAUGUGCGGCAAGCGCUGGUGUGGAACUUCCCCAUCGAUGUCACCUUUAAAAGCACCAACCCUUAUGGCUGGCCACAGAUCGUGCUUAGUGUGUACGGGCCGGACGUGUUUGGGAACGACGUGGUCCGAGGCUAUGGGGCAGUGCAUGUGCCUUUCUCACCUGGCAGGCACAAAAGGACCAUUCCCAUGUUUGUCCCAGAGUCUGCAUCUACGCUGCAGAAGUUCACAAGCUGGUUCAUGGGACGGCGGCCUGAGUACACAGACCCCAAGGUGGUGGCUCAGGGUGAAGGCCGAGAAGUGACCCGUGUCCGCUCCCAGGGCUUUGUCACACUCCUCUUCAACGUGGUGACCAAGGACAUGAGGAAACUGGGCUACGACACUGGGCCCCUGGAUACGCAGGUUGCCUUGGGGCCCAGCCCAUCUCAGGGCCUCCCCGGGUGAAGGCACCGGCCGCUCCGCCGUCCAGCAAGAUGCUGAGCAGCCGUGCAGGCCACGUGGCUGCCCACAUGCCAGGCGUCGCCCACCAAUCCCUCGGCUUGACUGAAGUGCCCUUGGGGUUGGGGAGAGUAUUUUCAUAAAAUAAAAAUGUCGCCUUUUCACAGAA